AUGGAGAAUUUCGUUUCGUUUUAUGAUUGUCCGAGAAAGUUUCAUGUUCCUAAUGUAGACACCUAUAAACAGCUUGGGCAUUACUGUAAUAAAAUUAGUUGUAAAAUUAAUUCAAUAGGAGAAAAAUUAAAGAAUUGGAAGAAACGUGAUAACUUUACAAAAAGAAAGUUAUUAAUCAAAUUUGAUAACUCCUUAAGACUGGUUUCAUUUGUUUUAAAAAAACCAAUAAAACCUGAGUUUGGUGAGAAUCAAGUUAUAUUAGGAAGUGCGUUAAUUAAAAUUUGGGAUACUUCAUUAGAAGUUAUUAAAGUAUUAAGUGCACAAGAAAUAGCUGAGUCAAUGUAUAAAGUCAUAUUAAAUAUAAUGAAUAGAACUGAAUUUCAACCACAUCAUACUGUUAUUGUUGAUAUUGCUGCAACUUCAGAAAUUAAUUGUUUGGCUGAAAAUUACCGUAAAAUGUUAUAUGCAACAUAUUUUCAUAUUUCCGAUAUUUAUGAAAGUUAUGAAGACUUAUUAAUGGCAUCAUUUAGAGUUGAGAUGACAGAUGACCCUAUGCAACUUACUACAGAACUUCCAGAAGAAGAUGCUAUGGAUAGUGCUUCUGCAUUUAAUACUCAAGAUAAACCAAAACCAUUUCCUUUUCAUGCACAAGAUGGAAUUGAAUCAGUUCCAAUUAUGACAAAAAUUUUAUUUGGACUUGUUGACAAAAGAAAAGAAGUAAAAAAAUUAAUAAAAGAAAAGGAAAAAGACAAGAAAAAGAAAAUCAGAAAAGAUAAAGCUGUUCCUAAUGAACCUACAUCACUUCCUGAAGAUUCUUAUUUUAUUCAAAGUGGUCUUUCUGCUCAUUUCUUACGUUUUGCACCAUGUGCAUUAGUAAUGUUAUUUUUCCAGUUACCUAGUUUUCAAGAAUUAUUUCUUGAUCAUAUUAGUUAUUUUCCUGAUUCAAAUAAUGUAUUCUUAUCUGUAAGUAAUGAAGAACUUGAAAUUGCAGAAAAGCAUUUUCCUCGAUUAUUUUCUUGGAGGUCAUUUCAUAGUUAUAUUAAAGAAUUAUCUAUUGAUGAACAAGAAAAUUUAUUUGAUCAAUGUGGAGAUACUUGGCUUGAACUUUAUCAUCCAGGAAAUGAUAUUUUUCUCUCAUUCUAUUCACAUCUUGUUGAUUCAUUAUACUUCUCAUUUCUUACUUAUCCAAUUACAUGGGCUGCAGUUCCUGGAUUUGUAGAAAUAACUAAUGUUUAUUUAUCUGAAUUCUUUCCUCCAAAGAGAAGACAUAAUUUAGCUGCUCAUAAGAAAACAUUAAAACAUUUGGCAUUCCUUUCUCCUUAUUAUUUAUCUGCAAUUUCUGGUCUUUUAUUAAAAAAUGUUAAUAUAUUUGACUUUGGUCAAGUUCUUGAUACUUUAUCAUUAAUAGCAAAAUUACAUGAAGGAUUUGCCCAACAUAAUGAAAUACCAAGUAGUGUUGCCUAUGCUCUUUUACAUCCACUUGACUCAGAUGAUUCUUCAGAUGAUAUAAUGAAACCACAAACUGAUGAUAAAUUUCUUGAUAUUGACUCAGAACAUCCUGCUGAUUGUACUAUUUCUGCUGAAGAAUUAAUGAUAUUGUUAGAGGGAUUAAUUAAUUCUGAUAAUUGUUCAGUGAUAUUAUCUGUAUUAAACUUAUUAUUUUAUUUAAUGAAUAUCUGUUGUAUGUCUGCACGUACGAUCAUUUUAAAAUUAUUACUCAAUAAUUGGUUUAAUCUCCUUUUUCUUCAUUGGUCUUCAGAUGUUAGAAAAGGAUUUGUUCAUUUAUUACUCUAUAGAGGUACUGUAAAUAGAAGAUCUCAUCUGAACUGGGACAAAUUCUCAAAAGAAGAGUCUAAAAUCAAUUCUAAAAUAUUACAUGACCUUAAUAUUGAUCUAAAAGAAUUUGAUCGUACUUUCAUCUUAAAUUUAGACAAGAAAAUCAAAGAUUUACAUGAUAACACUCAAAAUGAAAAUUGUAUCAUUCCAUCACGUAAGAAAAAUUAUGUUGAUGCUGCCCUUAAAGAAUAUAAUGUAGCACUAAAACAAUAUCUUUUAUGGGACAAGAAAAAUACUCAAGAAGUACCACCUAUAAAAACAGAUGUCUAUUUACUUGAUGACUCUUAUUAA